AACACAUGUUCUGCAAGAUCGCCUUGGUUAUGCCGUAAAGCGAGCUGCUGCUCCACAUCAGCAAAACUUCGGUGGAUGGAUGUUUUGAGCAUCGCCAUAUUGAACAUCUAACUGGUUGAUGCCACAAGACUCGUUAUUUUUAACUUUCUUCUGUUCAUGUGAACAAACUAUCAAACUUGUCAGAAAUUUAUUUGCCUUAAAAAACUAACGUCUUUCGAUUCUGCGUCGUCCGUGUGCUCGGUUUUUUUUUUUUUUUCUCUUUACAGCACAUCGUUCGCAGCGCCCUCUGCGUGUUUUUUUUUUCUACGUAUAGCGGUUCAAUGAAAACGCCUCAACUUGUGUACUCAAUCUUAUGAUGCUGGCAGGGUCACAAAUUUUGAAGUUGUAUCGGUCGCGGUUGUGCAGGAAUGCCGUUAGUUUGUUGUGCUUUCCCACCGCUUUCCGGCUCAAAUUCCUUGCAACAACAUGGAAGAGCGUGAGCAAGGCUCCUCACCAACGAAACCUAAGUGCCCUUUCGAAAAGCAAGUGUGGUUCGAGACGUCCAUGCUCGGAAAGCAACGAGUGCCCGUGGAUCCGAUGAAAAACAAGUGUCGGAAACUGCUACAGGUGGCUCAGGGGAGGGUGAUCGCAAAAGAUCCAGAUAUGGACGCUAAGGCUAAGGAGCUGCUCGUCGACACAUCAGAAAAGAUCCUUUCAAGCCUGGACAAGGGCCUCCAGCUUCGGGUUUUAGACCCUGAUAAACUGGUGGAUCUCGUACACAAAAACGGACACCUGGCAAAGCAAGUGAGAGCAAGCUGUGAGCACAUGGAGCAGCGCAUCAGGAAGGCAAAGAUGCUUUGGGACCAACUGAAGCAGCAGAGUGAGCAAGAAAAAUGGGACAAGGCUGCUGACCAACAAUCGACCAAGAACUCGUGUGCAGAGAGACAAAACUUUAAUAUGUCCUUGAUGGGGGCCAGGGGUGGCGGGGUUUGAAAUAGCCCCCAGUCCCCCCCUUCUUCAGACGACGGCCACUUCUUGCUUUCUGGCGGCUCAUAUGUAUCCACCCAACAUUCUGUGACUAAGGCCAUUACUCAAAAGCUCUAUUGUCUCUUUUAUAGGCCUUCAUUGUGGUCACUGCACAUGAUUACCCAGCUCUCCACAAAGUGACUCAUUGUGAUGCCAAGAACAAAUCAUUUUAUGUGCUUCUGACAUAGGCAAGAACAAAUCAUUUUAUUUGCUUCUGACAUAGGGAUCAUUGUCGUGUUUUUCUUAAAUUUUUAAUUCAAAUGCAGCUUGCUGGGUUGUUUUCCUUGGUCACAACGUGUAAUAAGCAUGCUUGUCCAAAAAUCAAGUAGCUCACUAAGUGGUAGUGAAGUGUAUUUCACUUGUUGAUAGUACUUUGCUAUUAUUUUACUAUGUUUAUUGCAGUGUUACUUCGUAACAACCAUCAUGACACUUGAAUGUUUGUCUACUUGGCUCUUCAAAAAUGAAUUCUGCUUUGUUGUAAUAAAGAAGGGCACAGUACACUCCGAUUGCCCUGAGCAUGGCACCUAA